GUUUUAGUCGGAGCGUGUCUGUUUGUUUACUGCCGCGGCUUCUUCCCCCUUCCCUCCUCGGCGCUGCCUUUCAUCACUUAAAACCUUCAUUUCGGUUCCAAAAUAAAUGCAAACGAGAGUGGGAAGUAUCAGAAGUGCUGCUCCUGCGCGUCUGUCGUGUUUUUACCGCAUUAACGAUGAGGAAGACCCCCGCUAACCAGGCAUGCUAAAGCUAAAUGUAAGCUGUUAGCUUCCUGACAGAGAGGCUAACAUGGCGACGAUAAAAGAAGAUAUGACCUCUCAAGUCAUUUCUCAAGAGAUAAGGGACUGCUGACUGACAGUAUGACCAAAGACUCCCUGCAUCAUGGCUCUGACUGAAGUUUACUGGGAUCACCACAUACCACUGCCCAAACUUGCUCCAGCCCAGGCCAAGGUCACCGUGGCUCUGGUGGCACUGCUGUGCUUCAUCAACAGUUACGAUGGGGAGUUUGUGUUUGAUGAUUCUGAAGCUAUCGUCAACAAUAAGGACUUGAGGCCAGCCACUCCGCUGAACAACAUUUGGAGCAAUGACUUCUGGGGAAGCAACUUGAGUAGCAACUCUAGUCACAAAUCUUACCGACCUCUCACUGUCCUAACCUUUAGGCUGAACUACCUCGUCGCAGGAGGCCUGCACCCCGUCGGCUUCCACGUGCUGAACAUCGUCCUGCACGCCGUCGUUUCCGCCCUCAUGAACGACGUGUUCGCCAUCCUGAUCGGAGGGCUGGACCACGACGAGCAGGGCAGGACGCUGAACCACGCGCCCAAGACCUCUCUGCUCGCCGCCAUCUUCUUCGCAGCACAUCCCAUUCACACAGAAAGCGUGGCUGGCAUCGUGGGACGAGCGGACCUUUUAUGCGCUCUCUUCUUCCAGCUCUCCUUCCUCACAUACUGCAGAGCUUUUAACAAAGGGAGCGACAGAGAUGAGAGGUUCUCUGUCCAGUGGGUUGUGGUCAGCCUCUUGCUGUGUGCUGCGGCAAUGCUCUGCAAAGAACAAGGCAUCACCGUGCUGGGUGUGAAUGCAGCCUUUGAUGUCCUCCUGAUCUGUAAUGUUAAUGUGUAUGAACUCAGCCAGAGGCUACUCCUGAGGAAGAAUCCACUUGAUGUAAAUGAGGUGCUGCGGUCGGGAUUACUCACCCGAUUGGCUCUCAUGGCUCUGGGAGGACUUUCUAUGCUCUAUGCACGCUGGAGGAUUAUGGGAACCGGGCCACCGGCAUUCACCGAAGUAGACAACCCCGCGUCUUUUGAAGAAAAUGUAUUUCUUCGAAUCGUGAACUAUAAUUACUACUACUCUCUGAAUGCCUGGCUGCUGCUGUGUCCCUGGUGGCUGUGCUUUGAUUGGUCCAUGGGCUGUGUUCCUCUCAUUAAGUCAGCCACUGAUUGGAGGAUGGUGUGGCUGCUGCUGCUCUGGUGCGUCCUGAUAGGCUUGACAAGCCAAGCUUUAUGCUCACAGGACAGCCAGAGACGGAGAACCCUGACGCUGGGUCUGGUGCUGCUCGUGGUCCCUUUCCUGCCGGCCUGUAACAUUUUCUUCAGGGUGGGCUUCGUCAUCGCGGAGAGGGUCCUCUACCUGUCGUCGGCCGGCUUCUGCCUCCUGCUGGCCUUCGCCCUGGGGCACUGCUUCCACCGCUGGUUCAGAUACAGGAGGUUGCUGUGCGUCCUGGUGCUCGCGCUCCUGUGCGUGCACGUGGUCCGCUGUGCUCUCCGCAGCCACCAGUGGAGGUCGGAGCAAAGCCUGUUCAUCAGCGCCCUGUCGGUCUGUCCUCUCAACGCCAAGGUGCAUUACAACGUAGGGAAGAACCUGGCUGACAGGGGAAACAGUUCCGCUGCUGUCAGCUAUUACAGAGAAGCAGUCAGGCUCCAUCCCACCUACGUCCACGCAAUGAACAACCUGGGAAACAUCCUGAAGGAGAAGAACGAGCUCGUGGAAGCCGAGCAGCUGCUGUCUAAAGCUGUUUCCAUUCAGCCCGACUUCGCUGCGGCCUGGAUGAAUCUGGGGAUCGUUCAGAACAGCCUGCAGAAAUUUGAGGAAGCGGAGCAGAGCUACUGGAAUGCCAUUCGCUUCCGCAGAAAGUAUCCAGACUGUUACUACAACCUGGGCCGCCUGUAUGCUGACCAGAACCGACACAUCGAUGCCCUGAACGCCUGGAGAAACGCCACAGUGCUAAAACCUGAUCACAGCCUGGCCUGGAACAACAUGGUCAUCCUGCUGGACAACACAGGCAACUUGGGCCAAGCCGAGCUGAUCGGCCGCGAGGCGUUAAAGCUCCUCCCCAACGACCACACCAUCAUGUUCUCAUUGGCCAACGUCCUGGGCAAAUUACAGAAGUACAAGGAGUCAGAGGGCUUCUUUCUCCACGCCCUUCGAAUCAACCCAAACGCCGCCAGUUGCCAUGGCAAUCUAGCCGUGUUGUACCAUCGCUGGGGCAAACUGGAGCUGGCGAAGAAGCACUACGAGCUGUCGCUGAAGUUGGACCCGGAGGCUCCCGGCACCAGAGACAACUACAACAUGCUGCGACGCAAACUGGACCAGCUUAAACGCAGCGCACCCUGAGGGAACCCGCCAGGACCCCCGCCUGCUGUAAAACACAUUUUCCCAUUGUCCCACUUGGUAUAAUUUUAUCUCACUAAUUCUGGCUUCAAGACAUUUGGAAAUAAAAAGAAAAAAAACAUAAACUGUGUGUCAGACUUCAUUUCUACG